AUGGGCUGGGAGUGCUGUUCUUCCGAAUCGAGUGAUGAGCUAUUGGAAAUCCAGAUGGGAACUGUACCUGGUGCUCUCUUGGACCAAAGUACACAGGACAAGCGCCAUGUACUAGCAGAUGAUUUGGAAUCCUUCCUGCAUGUCAUGGUGUACACCAUGGUCCGAUACCUCCCCAGUCCAAUGAACACUGAGGACAAGAAUACCUUACUCCAAAUAUUUGACGAGGAGUAUGUCAUCGAUAAGGGGAGACAGGCCACAGGCGGUUCCCGCAAGACGAGGUGGCUUGCUAACCCUGGAUGUCACAUUCUCAAAAAAUUCACGGCACCCCCCGAGAUCGCUACGCUGCUACGACAGCUAUGUGAAUUGUUCCCUAUUCGAUACAACGUCACUAUCCAGCUGAUAGAGCAACACACCCGUGACCCGCGACUUAAGACGCGAAGCGAUCUUCUGGCCAGCACACCAAGAGAUGAUGAACUAUGUAUGCUUCUCAGCUCCCUCGGAGGACAGACUGGGGUUGUUGGAAUUGGGUAUUCGUGA